UGAGAUCAAGAAUCAGACGCCUAACCAACUAAAACAGAGUGUGUGUCUCCGUUGAAGUUCCCUUGAUGUGCUCACAAAUCUCUCUGAAAACAUCACUCUGGACCUCCGAUGUGGCUGCCCGAGCAACCUGGAGAGAGGAAGCCUGAGAAUGAGGAAAAGGGGGGCAGAGGAGCCCCCGGAGGGGGAGAGGAGCCACCGAGGAGCCAGGCCCCCGACUUCCCCACUUGGGAAAAGAUGCCUUUCCACCACGUGACCGCUGGCUUGUUGUACAAGGGGAAUUACCUGAACCGAUCCCUGUCGGCCGGCAGCGACAGCGAGCAGCUUGCGAACAUCUCCGUGGAGGAGCUGGACGAGAUCCGAGAGGCCUUUCGGGUUCUGGACCGAGAUGGGAAUGGCUUCAUCUCCAAGCAGGAGCUAGGAAUGGCCAUGCGUUCUUUGGGGUACAUGCCGAGUGAGGUGGAGCUGGCCAUCAUCAUGCAGCGCCUGGACAUGGACGGGGACGGCCAAGUGGACUUUGAUGAAUUCAUGACAAUUCUUGGCCCCAAACUGGUGUCUUCAGAAGGUCGUGAUGGUUUUCUUGGAAACACAAUAGAUAGCAUAUUCUGGCAGUUCGACAUGCAGAGGAUAACUCUGGAGGAGUUGAAGCAUAUCCUCUACCAUGCCUUCCGGGACCAUUUAACAAUGAAGGACAUUGAGAACAUCAUCAUCAACGAGGAGGAGAGCCUGCAGGAGACGUCGGAGAACUGCCAAACAGAGUUUGAAGGAGUGCAUUCCCAGAAGCAGAACAGACAGACCUGCGUCCGCAAGAGCCUCAUCUGCGCCUUCGCCAUGGCCUUCAUCAUAAGCGUCAUGCUGAUCGCAGCCAACCAGAUCCUCCGCAGCGGCAUGGAGUAGUGCCCUUCCCCGCCGCUGCGUCCCCGGCUCACCGUGCAUGUGCAUGCCCUGCGGGCCGACGCUGUCCCCCGAAAGCAGACAUGGACCAUGCAGACAGGGCACAGUGGAGUGAAGAACCCAAGGCUGCGGUGCAACGGGUGUUGCCCAUCCACUUCAUCUCCUUGGCAGGGACACAAAAGGGCUGUCUUAAAUGCUUUAAUGGUUUUGUUUCCUAAUGCAAUAAAAUAGCCAGGAGUUCCCAAUGACUGCGUCAAUCACCCCCAGGAACUCGGAAGAGAGACUUCAUUCCCAUCUCGGACUUCUCCAGUGGCCAUCCAGGCUGGUGGUGUAGGAGAGCAAGAGGGAGGCGUGGACGUGCAGUCAUUUCCAUGCCCCGUUGUCUCAACCCCCCAGGGUCAGCUGAAGACUCCCGGCUGAGGGAACCCUCAGUCCCCAGAGGCUGACUUCCGGCUCGCUCCCAAAGAGGGGGCCUUCCAUCCCACCCUGGCUUCCUUCCUCCACCCAGUGGAGCCCGUCCCCCCUCCCAAGGCGUGAGGGGAAAGCCAUCGAAUGGGGUGCAGUGCCUGUCGGUGUGCAGGGGGCACCCCUCGCUUCCGUUCUUACUGCCUUUUCUACAGGACUCCUGUUGGCAGAGUUGGGGAGCUCUCAGUUUCCGUCGGCACUUGGCUUUCUGUUCCUAGAGCCCAUCGCGCACCAGCAUUUUGGAAUCUGCAGAGAGCCUUUCUCCCAGCUUUGCCCCCUGUGCUGCCAUUAGUGAAAAAAGAAGCAUACUCGUGGGCAUCUCUAUAACCUAGACACAUAGACAGACGUAUGCAUUGGGCUUCUUCACGUGUGACGUCAUUCUCUCCUACUCGCUUACUCCUGAUAUAAGCUUGUCCUCCGACACACGUCCCUGCCUCCUUUGGGUGGGCCAGGUAGUUUCGGG